UUGCCAUAAAGAACUUUCAUUCGUUUACUCGCGUUUUGAUGAGUGAGUGAGUGUUUUGACAAUCAGUCGUUAAAGGAAAGUGAGUUGUGUUUGGCCGAUUAGAAAAAAAAUGCCAGCUCCAGCAAGUGCAACUUCAGUGGGAAGUGGUUCCCGUUCACCCAGCAAAUUAUCGGCGCCACGUACAGCUGGUGCCGGUGGUAAUUUGAAGCAACGCAAAACUACGAGCAGCAGUGGUGCGGCUAAAAGCCGUGCUACAGGUGGGGCUGGUACGGGCGGUAUGUGGCGUUUUUAUACUGACGAUUCGCCUGGUAUUAAAGUUGGUCCUGUGCCAGUUCUAGUAAUGUCGCUGUUGUUCAUUGCAUCCGUGUUUAUGCUGCACAUUUGGGGCAAAUACAAUCGAUCUUAGAUUUGAAUGAAAAACAUUUACGCAGGUUACUUUCAAAAUACAUCUACUACAGUGGCACCCGAUCGCUAAUGUCGACGUCAUCAAUUCAAGCAAAAUGUUUACUAUAAAAAAAGUUACCAUUAACUUUUCUACUUUUUUUCUAUUUUAAACAUUUCCUUUUAAUUUAAGAUUUCAUAAUUUAAUAAUUAAUUAACUAUAAUGUUAAACUUUGAUUUAUAAAUUGAAAGAGACUUAGUUUGAUUUGUUUAGAACUUAUGCUAAUUUGCAAGCUCUGAUUAUAAUUGUGCAUUAAGGAAUUUUUUAUUUGUACGCGCGAAAAAAUAAAUUUUAAGAAAAAGUCAA